AUGCUGGAGGAAUUUGCUAUUUCUGGGUUCUGAUCUCUGGAAGUUUUACUAAAGAAGCCAAUGGAUAUCUACUGGUAGGAUUUACAGGUCAUCUGUAUUGAGCUUGCAGCAGAAAGGAGGUGUAUUUCUGGGGCAAGUGUAUGUUGUAGGUCGACCAAGUUACUCACUGUUCUGGUGUCAAUCUGGGGUUUAAGGUGUUGAUUACUUUAGACGCCUGGGGGUAUAUACAGCCAGCCUAAUCAUUUAGGAAGUCGUUGAUUAUGGAUUUCUUCAAAGUUAGAAAGUUUAGAAAAGCUCAGAAACCAGACCAAGAAAAUAAGUUAGAAGACAGUCCUGUGCCUCUGCCAGAGCAACCGAAGGAGAAUGGUGGUGAUGGAAAAGGCAAGGUAGUUAAUGUUGAUCCUAUAGCCGAAGCUGACGACGAUGAUGAUGACUUCAUAACAGAGGAAGUCAAGAGGAGGUUAAAGGAAUUGCGAAGGAAUAGUUUUAUGGUAUUGAUUCCGGAAGAAGAGUCAUGCGCUGAAGAGGAGGACGAAGAAGAGCAGGGAGAAACGAGCUCCAAUGAGUGGCGGGAUGUAGAAGCAGAAGGUCGGCAAUGGUGGUGUGGCUUUGGUGCUGUAUAUGACAAGUACUGUGAGAGCAUGUUGUUUUUUGAACGGAUGAGCACGCAGCAGCUUAAGGAAACAGGCAUCCAAACCCCUACAACGCCAUCACCACGAUCUGCAUCUAAGAAGCUUUCCUCCCCUUUUCGCUGUCUUUCUUUGAAGAAGAUUGAAGAGCCUAAUGACGAAACUGAGCAUCUUCAGCAGCCAGAGACCGACCCUUAUCAUGAUAUUGAAACAUCAUAUGUAGCUCAAGUUUGCUUGUCUUGGGAGGCACUGCACUGUCAAUACACUCAACUGAAUCAGCUAAUCUCAUGCCAACCUGAAAAUCCCACCUCCUACAACCACAGUGCUCAACAGUUUCAACAAUUCCUGGUUUUAUUACAAAGGUUUAUUGAAAAUGAACCUUUUGAAGAGGGCCUCAGGCCAGAAAUUUAUGCUCGCACGCAGAGAAAUUUGCCUAAACUACUCCGGGUCCCUAAUAUACAAGGUCCAAUUCAUAAGGGGAAAGAAGAAGAAGAGUCGGAUUCCAUAAUUCUUGCCCGUGAUCUGAUCAAGAUUAUUGAAACUUCAAUCCUCACAUUUCUACUUUUCCUGAAGAUGGACAAGAAAAAAACAGGUGCUGGUCUUAGCUUAUUUGGAAGUCAAAACCAUGCUACCCCACUUCAGCAGAUCCAAACUUCACUGGAUAAGAAAUCAAUGAAAUUAAAGGAACUUCGUAAAAAGAGGAAAAGUUGGAAGAAGACAUGGCCGCAAUCACAAGAAGAUGUUCAGCUCUUGUUUAGCCUCACUGAUGCAAAGGUUUUGUCAAGGGUUAUCCGGAUGGGAAGAAUUAGUAAAGAGCAGCUAUUUUGGUGCGAGCAAAAGAUGAAAAAGCUAGAUUUGGUGGAUGGCAAGUUGUGGAGAGACCCCUCUCCCACUCUUUUCCCUUGUUAAUAUCUGGGAUGAAUGGGAAUUUUGGCAGCAUUGAUAUGUUUGAUGGUAAACUGCAGAUUUUAGCUCUUUUUUAUGUCUGUGUUUUCAUUAAUGUGCUGCAUGGAAUUUUAUCCUCUGGGGACUAAAUUUCCGAGUGUUUACACCUAGACCACUUUGUAAUAUUAAGAGGAAUUUGCCUUUUGCCGGUAAGACUGCAGAAUAGUCCAGUUUCUUCUCUC